AUGCUGAAUGGCGUUCGAUCAUUAUCCUAUAGAGUUUCCGCACCUGCUGAACAUCAGCUCUCACAGCUCCGAAUCAAAAUUUUAAAUGUAAAAUUACCAUCAUCAACAAAACUUGUGGAUGUUUGCGUUAUUCUUGAAGUAGACUCAAAAUAUAGUUAUCGAACAGAAAUUAUUAAGAAGAAACAUAGGCCAUUAUCACAGAUCACCUCUUCCUCCACAAGUAAUGCAACGAUGUCCACAGUCCUGAACAGUACGAGUCCAUCUAUAUCAGCAACCUCCAAUACUUCUUCACACCCAACAGUAAAUGUAAAUGAAAGUUUUGAUGUUUUGGUGACAAAUAAUUCAAAAAUACUCUUAAAAGUGAUCGCACCAACACGUUUAUUUGGAACAAAUGAUAUUGGACAAGUCAAAUUCGAUAUAAAAACAAUUUUAAAUGAAUACCAAAUGAAAAGACAUACAUUCCAAGAAACAUCUCCACCGUCCUAUAAAACAGAAUUGCCGUUAGAAAAUAGUUCAAGAAGAACAGCCGAUCAUUUGAAUAACAGUGGAACAUCUACGACAGCUAGUGAACGUGGAUCAAUUGAAAUUUUGCUACAUGGUGCUAUAUUGAACGAAAGUGAGAAUACUACUAAUAAUAGUAAUGAAACCGCUCACAUAGAGAAUAAUACAUUAUUGAAUAAUACAAGAUCAUUAUCCAUUUGUCAACAGGACCAUCCUCAAAAUUCACUGACCACUUCAAAUCGUCAACUGUUAACUUCGCUAGAAAAUCAUUCAAUACCUACAGAAUCGGCAGUGCUCAACUCUCCUAUUCGACAUCCACAAAAUCAGUCGUCUUCAGCUGAUGCGUCACAGCCAUCUCGGCGAAGUAUUCUUCUUAAGCAACCUUCUGCACGAGACGUUGAUACUGGGACUGCAUCACCAAGACGAGGUUCAGGUUCGUCAUCCUCCGAUGCUGUAUCAGGUAGCACCCGUUCAAGAAGACACCAUCAUCUACCGUUAAGUCGACCAACAAGCAACACUCCAGUGACUUCUAGUAAUCUGCCCGUACCUGCAACUACUGCAGAUGCUUCUUCAAUAUCGUCAGUAACUCCAGCACAGUUAGCAAGAAUCAAAGAAACUUUACCGCAAGGAUGGGAAAUACGUUUGGAUUCACAAAAUAGGCCUUACUAUGUCGAUCACAAUACAAGAACAACCACAUGGUUGAGAGAAAAUGUUCUUCCACCAGGAUGGGAACGACGUGUAGAUGCAAGAGGAAGAGUUUACUAUGUCGAUCACAAUACAAGAACGACAACGUGGACGCCGCCAACUGCUCUUCAUUUGCAAAAUGUUGCACAUUGGCAAAAUCAAUACGCCAGAAGUCAUUCAAUGUUUAAUCAGUUUGAACAUCGAUUUUUACCACCGACAGCAGGCACAGGAGCGAUCGCCAUAUCUGGAUCUGAAAAUCCACUAGAGAAUGCCGCACCAGCAAUAACGGAAGAAGACAUUCCAUUGCCACAAGGUUGGCAGCAGAUGUUCGAUAUUCAAGGCCGUCAGUAUUUUAUCAAUCAUUUAAGCAAGACGACGCAAUGGGAAGAUCCUCGAAAAAUGAAUACUGGAGAUCAGUUGCUAAGUGGUUGGGAAAUGAUAUAUACGAAGGAAGGACAACCGUAUUUUGUUGAUCAUAAUACCAAAACUACGACACUUCAGGACCCAAGGCUGAGUGGUUUAGAUGCAUCGAAUUCCCGCCAUGGUUCAAGAAUUCCACUAUAUCAACGUAGUUUACCAUUUAAAAUUGAACAAUUUCGUUAUUUGUGCAACACAAAUAUCUCAAGCGGGCAAUUAAGAUUGACCAUAAGACGAGAACAUUUAUUUUACGACUCAUACACUCAUAUUAUGCACUGUCAAUCGUCAGAAUUACGCCGUCACUUAUACAUUGUUUUUAAAGGUGAAGAAGGUUUAGAUUAUGGAGGAGUUGCACGUGAAUGGUUUUUUCGUUUAUCACACGAAGUUUUAAAUCCAAUGUAUUGUUUAUUUGAAUAUGCAAACAAAAAUAACUAUUAUUUACAAAUUAAUCCGGCAUCCAGUAUAAAUCCAGAUCAUUUGUCGUAUUUUAGAUUUAUUGGUCGUUUCGUAGCUAUGGCUUUGUAUCAUGGAAAAUUUAUUGACAACGGUUUUUCAAUGCCGUUUUAUAAACGUAUGUUAGGAAAAAAAUUAACAAUACUAGAUUUAGAAUCGUUGGAUCCUGAUUUUUACAAUUCGUUAACAUGGAUUAAAAAUAAUAAUUUAAGUGAAAAUGAUGAUUUAGAAUUAUAUUUUAAUUCGAGUUAUGAGCUACUCGGUAAAGUUGAAUAUGAAGAAUUAAAACCAGGUGGAAAUGAAAUUAAAUUAACUGAAGAGAAUAAAGAAGAAUAUAUUGAAUUGUUAACACAGUGGAGAUUUAAAAGAAGUGUAGAACCACAAACAAAAGCAUUUUUACUCGGAUUCAAUGAAGUCGUACCAUCACAAUGGAUUCAAACAUUCGACGAAAGAGAGAUCGAGUUAUUAUUGUGUGGAAUAUCCAAAAUCGAUGUAGGUGAUUGGGAAAGAAAUGCAAUUUAUAAACAUUUUACCGAAUCAUCAAAACAAGUUCAAUGGUUUUGGCAAUUUGUUCGAGAAAUAACAGAUGAACAACGUUCAAGAUUGCUACAGUUUGUAACUGGCACUUGCCGUGUGCCAAUUGGAGGCUUCGCUGAAUUGUUAGGUUCAAAUGGCCCGCAGAAGUUUUGUAUUGAGCGUUUUGGCAAAGAAACAAUGUUGCCGCGUUCUCAUACGUGUUUCAAUCGAUUAGAUUUACCGCCUUACAAACGUUAUGACCAAUUAAAAGAAAAAUUACUUUAUGCUAUUGAGGAGUGUGAAGGAUUUGGUCAAGAAUAA